CGUUUGCACUUUAUUCAUUGAUAUCUCGCUACGCCAAAGUGAGUUUGAUUCCAAAUCAGCAAGCUGAAGAUGCAAUGGUCUCAAACUAUGGUCUGGAUAUAGUAUCAGCCCCUAUGAGGAGGGCUCAGUGGAUGAAGAAACGUUUGGAAAAUAGUGAAGUUGCUAAAGUUGCAAUUUUCCUCCUUACCAUACUGGGCACCUCAAUGGUUAUCAGUGAUGGUGUUUUAACCCCAGCAAUAUCUGUGCUCUCUGCAGUGAGUGGUCUCCAAGAGAAAGCACCACAACUCAAACAAGGUCAAAUAGUAUUGAUCUCUGUGUUCAUUCUAGUUGUGCUGUUCUCUGUUCAGCGUUUUGGGACAGACAGAGUUGGCUACUCUUUUGCACCCAUUAUUCUGCUCUGGUUCCUGUGCAUUGGUGGUAUUGGGUUCUACAAUUUAAUCAGAUAUGAUGUGGGCGUUCUGAGAGCCUUUUAUCCAAAAUAUAUUGUAGACUACUUUAAAAGGAAUGGAAAGGAUGCUUGGAUCUCUCUUGGAGGCAUCCUCCUAUGUUUUACAGGUACUGAAGCCAUGUUUGCUGAUCUUGGUCAUUUCAACGUAAGGGCGGUUCAGACUAGCUUCAGCUUCGUUCUAUUUCCGGCAGUGUCUCUAGCUUAUAUUGGGCAAGCUGCAUUCCUACGUAAACACCCUGAGCAUGUUCUUGAUACUUUUUACAGAUCUAUUCCAGGACCAUUGUUCUGGCCAACCUUCAUAAUUGCUGUCGCUGCUGCAAUCAUUGCAAGUCAGGCUAUGAUAUCCGGUGCAUUUUCGAUAAUUCAACAGUCACAAACAUUGGGCUGCUUUCCUAGGGUCAAAGUGCUACACACUUCAAAAUUGUAUGAGGGGCAGGUGUACAUUCCAGAAGUGAACUUUGUUCUUGGGUUGCUUUGUGUGAUAAUAACGCUUGCAUUCCAGACAACUACUGAUAUUGGCCACGCGUAUGGAAUUUGUGUUACUUCUGUGAUGAUUAUUACAACUAUUCUGAUGGUAAUUGUGAUGCUUCUCAUAUGGAGGGUGAGCAUUUGGCUGAUUAUACCAUUCUGCCUGGCAUAUGGCUUCGUAGAGCUUGUCUAUCUUUCUGCAGUUCUCUACAAAUUUACAGAGGGAGGCUACCUGCCUAUUGUGAUUGCAACAGUUAUGGUGGUAAUGAUGGGCGUGUGGCACUAUGUGCAUGUAAAGAAAUACUGGUAUGAGCUCGAGCACAUAGUUACAAAUGAAUCCAUGAGACAAUUGAUUCAGACCCACGGUGUGAAAAGAAUUCCUGGAGUAGGCUUCCUCUAUACAGAACUAGUCCAGGGAAUCUCGCCCAUAUUUCCCCACCUCAUCGAGAAAAUCCCCUUUGUGCAUUCAGUGCUAAUGUUUGUUUCAAUCAAACACCUUCCAAUUCCUCAUGUGGAGGUCUCGGAGCGCUUCCUCUUCAGAAAUGUUGAGUCCAAAACUUCCAGAAUGUUCCGGUGCGUGGCACGCUACGGAUACAGCGACAAACUAGAAGGCGCCAAGGAAUUUGCUGCUUCCCUUAUUGAAGGACUCCAGUCACAUAUUGAAGAGGGACACUUUAUCACAGACAUGCAAAUUCAAGAAACUGAGGCUCAAACAGCCUCCGCUGGAGAUGGUGACGCAAGACCUCGUAAAGCGGGUAGCUCCACGGUGUAUAUUGAAGAGGUAUUGACGGCAGGUGAAACUACGGUUCUCACCCAACCUCGCCUAAGCAGCUACUCAGCACACUCAUCUGGAAGGAUCAGCGAAGAGCAAACCCGCACAAUUGCAGAAGAAAAGCAAUUUAUUCAGAGGGAGCUGCAGAAAGGAGUGAUCUAUAUCCUGGGGGAGACCGAAAUAAAGGCAGGGCCUGAUUCUUCAUUUGUCAAGAAGAUUGUUGUCAACUACAUGUACUCAUUCCUGAGGAAGAACUUCAGGCAAGGGGAGAAGGCCUUCGCGAUCCCAAGGCAGCAGGUGCUCAAAGUUGGAAUGGUAUAUGAAAUAUGAGCAAAAACCCUCUGAAGAAGUGACUAUAGCUGCAGCGGUUUCUCCUGAUCGAUGCUUGGCCUGGAUCUUAUCUACAGGUUUGUGUUUGGUUUUCUUUCUUAAGCACGUAUUGCACUUCCUUGGAAGGCAGUAGUGUCGAUUUGAUUUCGGUGUGAAAGUUUAAGCUUGUGAUGCUGGUAUAAAACACUGUAUGCAUAUCCUUCUAUGCACUGUAAACCAUGUACUGUACUACUGUUGCAAACUGUUAAGUAAAAAAUCACCUUUUGUAAA